CGACACGAACUCCGCAGUAUGAACCUAAUCCCAAUCGAAAUAGUUUUGAUUCUUCUCAGUGCUGUAAGCAGUGCUGUUUCGAACAAAUAUGAUGGUUUUAAACUGUAUGAAGUGGACAUCAAAUCCGGCCACGAAGUCGGACUUUUGGUACAUCUUCAGAGCAAUCGGCCAGGCAUUGACAUCUGGGGGCUAGACCAGUUGGGGCCUAAGCGUGUACUAGUACCGUUGGCGGUUCAAAAUAUGACAGAAAAUUACUUUGCACACUAUCGGCUGAACUACACGGUCAAAGUGGAAGAUUUCGGAAAAGACUAUGAUGCUCGUCAAAAGAUGCAACAACCAUCGGAAGAUGACACGUUCAUGAACAGCUAUUCGUCGUACGAUGAAAUUAACGAAUACAUGAUGCAAAUAGCUGCGGAGAAUUUUGAGUGGAUUCGUAUUCGAAUUAUUGGUUGGUCCGUUGAAGGUCGUCCGAUUCGCGCAAUUACGCUUAAUCCCAAGCAACAGGAUACUAUAAUUGUAGAUGCGGGGAUUCAUGCCAGAGAAUGGAUCACAGUUUCUACGGCACUAUAUCUGAUCAAAAAGUUGGUCGAUGAUAGUGACCAAUAUCGGUACCUGCAUGAUUACAAAUGGGUGAUUAUUCCGCUCGUCAAUCCCGAUGGGUACAUUUACUCGAUGACAACGGACCGUUAUUGGAGGAAGAACCGCAGACGAAUUAAUGAUAAAUGUUAUGGGGUGGAUUUAAACCGAAACUUUGGAUACUCUUGGGAAUCGGGAGCAGAAUUAUAUUCCAAAGAAUGUCAUCCUGGUUUCCGAGGACCAGCACCAUUCUCGGAACCUGAAGCCAGAGCGCUGCGAAGCGUUUUGGACAGUAACGAUGACGCGAAACUGUAUAUAACUUUGCAUAGCUAUGGAGGAUAUUUCAUAUUCCCGUGGAGUCACGAUAGUGCGUCCGUGCAGAACGUUGCCGAUUUGCGACAGGUUGGUGUUGGUGCAGCUCGUGCAAUCUGGAAUUACAACAGACACGAGUACAAGGUUGGUUCGAGUGCGGAGAUUCUACGCUACCAGGCCACUGGAACUAGUAUCGACUAUGCGUACUCUAUUGGGAUCGAGCUGCCGUUUGCGAUGGAGAUUGCUGAGUACGGUUACAGUGACUUCCAACCGCCACCCAAUGCAAUUGAUCAGAUAGUGAAGGAGUCUUUCAUUGGCAUCAAAGAGAUGGUUUAUGCUAUGAAAAACCUGAGUGUAAAGAAGCUAGAAAAAACUACGAUGAAGAGCCGAGGGUCAGGUCGAAAAUGAACCACUUGAGGUGAUUAGAUAAUAUUUAUCUUUAAGAAAUUAUUAAAUUCAAUGCACGGUAUUCAGCGUUAGCUUACAAGUGUCGAA